AUGAGAGUCGCACCUGCAAGGUCGAUCGGGGGUAAACCUGUAUAUCUGCCGCAUCACGGAGUAAUAAAGGGGACCGGUCCAUGCGCGAAGUUACGCGUGGUUUUCGAUGCCUCGUGCAAAACCAGCACGGGAGUUUCGCUUAAUGAGGCUUUGCGAAUAGGUCCGGUGAUUCAACAAGAAUUGAUAACAAUAUUAAUGCGUUUUCGAACAUUCGUAUAUGUCUUCGUGGCGGACAUAAUCAAAAUGUAUCGCCAGAUACUGCUGCACGAAUCGCAGACGCAUCUGCACAGGAUAGUGUGGCGAGAGGACUCGGGGGCGCCGAUCGGCGAAUACGAAUUGCUGACGGUCACGUACGGUACGAGUUCGGCGUCGUUCCUGGCCACCAGGUGCCUUCAGCACCUGGCACAAAAACAUGCGGACGAAUUCGCGAUCAGGUCGGGAUGCGUGCUCCGGGAUUUUUACGUCGACGACCUGCUCACCGGCGCUAACACCCUGUCGGAGGUGAGGCGCGUACGCAAGGAGACGGUUGCGCUACUGAAGCGCGGAAAGUUCGAGCUCGGCAGGUGGGCAUCAAACUGCCGAGAAUUAUUGAAGGACGUGGAGGGCGCGACGGAUGCGAGCGUGUCUCUGGGCGGGGACUCGAGCUCUAAGAUCCUGGGAAUUGCGUGGGAUCCCGUUAUCGAUAGUUUUAAAUUCGAUUAUGAGAGCGGAUCGCCUGCCAAUUGCAUAACCAAGCGAACAAUUUUAUCUGAGAUCGCGAGCCUUUUCGAUCCGUUGGGGCUGCUGGGGCCAUUGACGGUAGUAGCAAAAUUAAUUCUGCAAGACACAUGGCAGACGCAGAUCGGAUGGGAUGAGUCGCUGCCGCAGGACAUACAUACGCGUUGGCUGGGAGUAAAACAGCAAUUGACGAAUCUCGGUGAGUUACGCGUGCCGCGUUUCGUGGGCCGCGUGAUCGAUGCCGGGGGUGUGCAGCUGCACGGCUUUUGCGACGCGAGCGAGCGUGCUUAUGGUGCGUGCGUGUACGUGAGAGCGUACAACUCCGGAGAAUGCCGAGUGCGGUUAUUGGUCUCAAAAUCGCGAGUCGCGCCUAUGAGGGCAAUAUCAUUACCGCGCUUAGAGCUGAGCGCGGCGCUACUGUUGGCCAAAUUGAUAGAAAAGGUUCGAGAGUCGGUCGGACUUCCCGCCGCGGGGGUGGUUCUGUGGUCGGACUCCACCAUUACAUUACAAUGGAUUCAGUCUUUGUCGCGAAAAUGGAGCGCGUUCGUCGCGAAUCGAGUCGGGGAGAUACAGCGCUUGACCGAGGGCGCGGAUUGA